CGAAAAGAAGAAAAAAAGAAAGAAAAAAGAAAAAAGAAAAAAGAAAAUCAAUCCCACAUCAAUUAGUCACAACCUCAAUAAUCAAUAAUACUCCGUCAUCACAUCAACCUCAAUAAUCAGUCCAAUACUCAGUCAUCAACCUACUCAGUCGUCAAUACUCAAUCAAAUCAAUCAAUCAAAUCAAAUCAAAUCAAAUCAAUUCAAUUCAAUUCAAUUCAAUUCAAUUCAAUUCAAUUCAAUUCAAUUGAACGGAAAAUGCUCUCCGAACAAUUCAUUUCAUCCAUCCGAGCUCAACCUAGGACGGCGAAUACUGCCAUUGCAAAAGAUAUCGGCAUUUACCUUCAUACUUUACAUCCUGCUCCGAAAAUUGAAUCAAAUUUCAAGAAAUCUUCUACCUCUGUCAACUCCCUCGCGGCAAACUCAACUCAUAUUUUCGCGGCACAGGCUGAUAAGGCGGUUAUUCAUGUUUAUUCAAGACAACAUGGAAAUCAAGAAGCUUUAAUUUCAUUUCCCGAGAGGUUACACACCUUAACUUUGGUCGGCGAUGGUUUGGUAGUAUUGGGUACAAGCGAGGGACGGGUCAUACUAUGGGAGGCAAGUCUCUUUUUAUUCCAUCCUUUCGCAAUAUCUGCAGCUUACGUCGUGUUGUGCCGUUGUAUGGCGACAUGAUUGCGAACUCAGGGCGUUGAUGGAGUUGAUGGACGGUCUGCUAACUCUUUCCCGGUCUAGAUCUUUACCGGUAGACAAGUUUCAACAUCAGCUGCACAUUUACAACCAAUCUCAUGUAUCGCGGCCACUUCAAAUCAUUUGGUGACAGGUUCCGAAGAUUCAAAUCUCCACGUUUGGUCAAUCUCACAGCUUUUAUCAUUACAUUCAAAUACGAAUGAACCACAUGAACCAGCUCGAUCCUUGUCAAAUCAUCGAGCCGCAAUCACUUCCGUCAUCAUGGGUCAUAGUUCCAGUACUUCAAAUAUUUGCAUAUCAGCCAGUAAGGAUAAUUCAAUUAUUGUUUGGAAUUAUCACACGGGUGAUCUUCUAAGAACAUUCUUACUUUCAUCUACACCAUUAUGCAUGGCGCUGGACCCAUGCGACAGAGCCGUCUAUACGGGUUUCGAGGAUGGUUCAUUACAAAUGAUCGAACUCAUUCAACCAAAUUCAUCCAUAAGUUCAUUAUUUGAUACUCGACUGCAGAAUACCCCAGUUCAGGUUACUUCAUCGAUUUGGUCCCCGCCAUCGGAUAUUGGCGCUGUACAUUGUUUAGGGCUGAGUUAUGAUGGAACAAGUUUAUUUUCGGGUCAUUCUUCUGGAAAGAUCUCACACUGGGAUACAGGUAGACGUGCUUUCUUGGUAGAACUCUCGGACUUGAAUGCUCCCGUAACAAACCUUGUUAUGCAAUCUCCCUUUCCAAAGACAUCAAAAAUCAAAUCAACAAAUGUGGUUAAGCCUAAAUUGGCCGAGGGUAAUUAUACAUUCACAGCUCAAUUGAUUGGUAAUAAGGGAUCUUCAAUCUUUGAUCAAGCUUUGGAGUAUCAAGGAUUUCCCCAGGGUAUGCUUGAGAAGGCAUUACUAGGUCUUGCUGAACCUCAGGUUACAACUACAUCCUCAUCUUCAUCCUCUAGCGAGGAAGAAAAGUUACGAAAGGAGAAUUCGGAAUUAUGGAAGGUUAUUAAUGAGCAACGUGCUCUUCAAAAGAAAACCUUGGAGAAGUAUUCCGAGUUGAAGAGUGGUGGUGUUUGAAUGAUGAAUGUUACGAGCUGCGAGGGAGGUGCCGUAGGAAAUAUCAAGGAGCCAUAGGCGACAUGAUAUUCCAGGACCCAGGGCCAGACUCAAAGCUUGUGUUAUUAGUUUCAAAGCUCAUUACUUAGUGGAAAGAGGUCUGUUGUUACAAGCUUUUUAUAUUCACUGACCUCGAACUUAUCACAUCAGCCACUUAUUGGAGAAAUGGAUAGAAGAUAUUUGAGGGCAUUCUACUACCUCAUUCUUUUCAUCUGUUGUCUUCGACGGGAGCUUACAUAGGAGCUUACAUUUGAUCAUCUUAGAUCCUUUACAAGCAGGCUUUGACCUUGAACUACAAAGAUGCUACUCUCAUUCUCAUCCAAAAGUUUCAAGCCCUUGGAUGUGGGGUAUUUGGUGGGUUGAAUGUCUAAAGGAUGGUUUUGAAGAGGAGGUAGAAAACCUUUUAUGUCUCUUAACGAUGCAAAGAUCUUCACGAAAUAGCUAUGAGUCCUUGGAAUUAUCAGCUUUUGUUCAUGAUUUCACUGAUCACUAUUUUUGUCAAAACCUCAGGUCAUUGACUAUAUUAUAUGGUGGAAGAAUGGCCUAGAAUCGGUGCAAGGUUUGUGGGAUGUGGAUGGUAUGAAGUAUGCAAGAGCUUAUUGACUGCUUUGUAUCUACAAUGGAAUGAUGUACUCGAGACUUCUCAUGUAAUUCUCCAUAGUUCAAUAAUACUCAAUAAAAACACUACAUCGCCC